UGUUAUCGUGAUGUGUCAAAUUUAGCUAAACAAGAAGAUGUUGCAUAAAUAAAAGUGCAGUAUAUAGUUAAGAGAUAUUUGAAAACGUGACGAGGAAAAGCCGAACCAAUAUUCCUCAUUUUAAUUAUUAUCUCUAGCGAAAAUCUUGGAACCCGCACUAAAAUGGUUGUGGGAGCAUUUCCUGCCGCCAAACUGGGCGUGCUUGCAAUGAAACAAAUCUCUAAACCGAUUGCCAAUUUGUUGAAGGAGCGGGCAAAGAAUAGUCCAUUUUUCCGCAAAUAUGUAUGCAUGCCGCCGGCACAGUUUUAUAAUUGGGUAGAGGUCAAAACUAAGAUGUGGGCCAUGAAUCUAGGCAAACCAACUAACGUUCCUGUUUUGAACGAAGCAAUGGCUAUUGACCUGGGAGCUAAUUUAUUAGGCGAAAUCAUUAUCUUUACUAUUGGUGCUGGACUAUUGUUAUUAGAAUAUCAAAGGCAAGUGCGGAAAGAAUCAAUGAAAGAAGAAAUGGCAAUUCAGGAAAAAUUAGAACUGCAAGCUACCAUCAAUGAAUUGAUUUUCCAAGCACAAAGACAAGAUACUCAAAUUCGAGAAAUGGCAAGGGUUGUGGCCGAUUUAGAAUCCAAAUCAUCUUGGGCUCCAAAAAUACUCACCGAUUUGACAAGCAAAAAGAAGUCCAGCGAACAGCCGCUCUAUAUUCCAGACACGCCGAAGCCUGUGACAGAUAAUGCAUCAGCAGCCGGUAACAUCAGCCUGUUAAGUAAAGCAUUGAACGUAAUCGAAAAUGAAGUAUUUUAUAGAGACAGCAAACAAGACGACAGUAAACCUGAAAAUGAAAGGUCAAGCAUCGUCACGAGAGCUUUAGAAUACUUAUUGGAUGAUGCUUUGUAACGGUAGCAUAAUUACAUAUUACUUGUUUGAAUUAAGUUACAUGUUUUGUACAUAGUGAUUACCUAUGAACCUGGCGUUUGUUGGAAUAUCAAGUAAAAUGUUACAUUUUUGAAAAGAUGUGAUCCGAAAAA